AGCCAUUUCGGCUCAAGAAGCCCGGCGUUGCUCGCAGCCCUGCACUGCGCAAAGCAGGGGGGGGCUGCUCCCAGCGCGAUGGCUGCCGCCGCGUGCGGAGCCGGCCCGGCGGCGCAGCAGGGCACCGUCACCGAGAAGGUGUCCCUGCAGGACCGGGUCGACGCCUUGUCUCUGGAGCUCGCGGAGAUCCGCGCCGGCCUCGCCCUGGCGCUGCCCUCCACCGCCGCGGCGGCGCAGCGGGGCGGCCCGGAGGAGGCGCCCGCGGGUGCUCGGUCAGGGCUGCUGCAGCGGCAGGCCGAGUCCAUCUUCUCGCGGCUGGAGGAGCUACGGGCGACCUCGGAGGGCCUGUCUGGGCGGGUCGAGCACCUCACCGGCAUAGUGAAGGACCAGGCCAGGCGCAUUGCGGACCUGGAGAGGCCCUGCCCAGCCUCCGCGGUGGACGAGGGCCCGCGGCACGCCGUCCGCCCCAGGCCGCUCCAGCCCAUCUUGGCCCCGGCUGCGCCACCGGCGUCGCGGGAGGCUGUGCAGGCAGACCUGUUGGCGGGCACAGUACCACCAGCGCCACCGCCGGUGCGGGAGACGGUCCAGGCAGCGCCGCCGCCACCGCUGAAGGCGCUGAACAGACCAGGGGGCCUGGACCGCGCCACCCCGCGGGAGAGUGCGGCGGCGCCGCGCGCAGCGGGCGAUGUCGAUCCCAUCACGUGGUCGUUCCACAGCCCGGGGCCAGGCGAGCCCGGCACGAGACCUUACGAGGUCCAGGGCCCCGGGGCGCCUGCGUUCGCCGCCGUGGACCCCGGGGACGAGAUGCUCUUCGUCGGGGGCGGCGCCUACAACGGGGCGAUCGCCCGGCUCCUCUCCAGAGAGUGCCAGGAGCCCCAGGACGUGGACCGCUACCUGAAGCUCCACCAGCUGCUCCUGGACCAGGCCCGCGCGGAGGCCCGCGGCACCCUCGUCAAGGCGAGCGCCAGCAUGCUGUGCUCGCACGGCGCCCUCGAGUGGUCGGGCUGCCGGCUGUUCGAGGGCGCCUUCAAGAGCUUCGGCGUGGUCUUCGUCCACAUCUUCAAGCCGGCGUGCCGGCCCCUGGCCCGGCACAACGUCGCGCUGGUCUACACGGUGGGCCCCAUUGGCAAGAGCGGCUCUGCGCUUGCGAACACGGAGGGGAUUGGCGACGUCUUCCAGGACCCGAAGAAGUUCGGCGAUUUCUUGCAGGCCACCGCCGAGAGCGUCAUCGCCUCGGUCUGCGAGUACAACGCGAAGGUGGCGGAGCAGCACUCCCUCCCCCAGAUCCGCGUCCUGCGGCUGCCGCUGGUCUCGGGGCACACCUUCCGCCACCCGUCCCUCUCGCAGGUCGACUGCGCCCGAAGCAUGAUGCGGGGCGUCCGCGACGCCGCCGCCGGCCUCCCGCCGGGCACCGCGCACCUGGAGGUGAACUUCGCGUACGACGGGGGCUGCUUCCUGCAGGCGGACGCCCAGCUCCGGCGCCUCGGGCCUCCGAGCGCGUAGGGCGCCGGGCUCUGCACGGGAGCAGACCGCAAUUGAUAUACGAGUCUGGAGGGGAAA